UGUGGAGCCGGCAAAGCGCGUGCGUUUUUGGAAUUGUGGUGUGUGACGUGUAUCGGUAAAAAAGUCUUUUUUGGAAAUGUGCCUGUUUAUACAAUGAAAAACCCCACUAACGACUAACAAUACGCGUUCCCGUGCGUUUUUAAUUAUUAUUUACACAUUUAAGUGAAUAUUAAGUAAUUUCCAUAACCUAACCUCAGAAGACAGUUACAUCGUUUCAGUUGCCACAAAAAAUUAAAAUGUUGGGGUUCGGAAAAAAGGGUGCUAUUAGCAACAGUGCCGAAAAACAAGAAACUCUUUUAACGUUAUCAAUUCUAACUUUGGCAGCGAUACUUUCUUUUGCGACUCGUCUUUUCUCCGUUUUGCGUUUUGAGAGCGUAAUCCACGAGUUUGACCCCUAUUUUAAUUACCGCACGACUAAAUUUUUGGCAGAAGAGGGCUUUUAUGCUUUUCAUAAUUGGUUCGAUGACAGGGCAUGGUAUCCCUUGGGGAGGAUUAUCGGCGGUACGAUAUAUCCUGGCUUAAUGGUAACUUCAGCAGCCUUUUACCAUUUGUGUUGGUUAUUCAACAUCACAAUUGAUAUAAGAAAUGUGUGCGUCUUUUUGGCGCCCUUAUUUUCGUCUUUUACGACAAUAAUCACAUACCUGCUGACAAAAGAAGUGAAAAAUGCGGGCGCUGGGCUUGUUGCCGCAGCUAUGGUUUCUAUUGUACCAGGAUAUAUCAGCAGAUCAGUCGCUGGGAGUUACGAUAACGAAGGAAUUGCUAUAUUUUGUAUGCUACUCACUUAUUACACUUGGAUUAAAGCCGUGAAAACUGGGACAAUCCUGUGGGGGACUUUCGCAGCACUGGCAUACUUUUACAUGGUCUCCUCCUGGGGAGGCUACGUUUUUUUAAUCAAUUUAAUCCCGUUGCAUGUCAUAACUUUGAUGGUAACUGGCCGAUUUUCACACAGAAUUUACAUAGCGUAUAGUACUCUAUAUUGUGUGGGGACUAUUUUAUCAAUGCAGAUUUCCUUCGUGGGCUUCCAGCCUGUGCAAAGCUCUGAACACAUGCUGGCCUUGGGCGUGUUUGGCUUAUGUCAAAUCUACGCGUUCGUCGAUUACUUGCGAAGCAAACUAACGAAAAACGACUUCGAUGUUUUAUUCAACUUCUUAAUUUACACAGUGGGAAUUUUAUUCAUCGUAGUUUUCGGCGUUUUGACCCUCUCUGGGAAAAUUUCCCCAUGGACUGGUCGUUUCUACUCCCUCCUUGAUCCAUCAUACGCCAAAAACCACAUUCCCAUAAUCGCCAGCGUUUCCGAACAUCAGCCCACGUCCUGGAGCUCGUUUUAUUUCGAUUUACAAAUUCUGGUCUUCUUGUUCCCUGCUGGUCUCUACUUUUGUUUCAGUCAGUUGACUGAUGCGAACAUUUUUAUGAUUUUGUACGGCGUUACUAGCAUUUAUUUUGCUGGGGUCAUGGUGCGUCUGAUGUUAGUUCUAGCCCCAGUCAUGUGUAUUUUAAGCGGAAUCGCAGUCUCGCACUUGCUUACAAAAUUCAUGAAAAACACCGACACGGCCAAACCUUCCGAGCACAAAAAAAGCAAAAAGUUGGAGUCGAAUUACGUGCUGAAAAACGAGAUUUCGUCGGCGUUUGUUGGCGUCAUUUGCCUGCUGUUGAUUUCUUACACUUUCCACUGUACUUGGGUCACCUCCGAGGCCUACAGUUCCCCGAGUAUUGUGCUAAGUGCGAGGUCACACGACGGUGGAAGAAUCAUUUUCGAUGAUUUCCGCGAAGCUUACUACUGGCUUAAGAUGAACACGCCUGAAGAUGCGAGGAUCAUGUCGUGGUGGGAUUACGGUUAUCAGAUAACGGCGAUGGCGAACCGGACAAUUCUCGUCGAUAAUAACACUUGGAACAACACGCAUAUCAGUCGAGUGGGCCAGGCGAUGGCGAGCUCGGAGGAAAAGGCCUAUGAGAUCAUGAAGGAGCUGGAUGUUGAUUACGUUCUAGUAAUUUUCGGGGGGCUGACGGGGUACUCGUCCGAUGAUAUAAACAAGUUUUUGUGGAUGGUCCGCAUUGGGGGAAGUACCGACAGAGGUGCGCAUAUAAAAGAGUGGAAUUACUACUCGUCCAGUGGCGAAUUCCGGGUCGAUAAAGAAGGGUCGCAAACCCUGCUCAACUGUCUGAUGUACAAAAUGUGCUACUACCGCUUUGGGCAAGUGUACACGGAAGGGGGGAAGCCCCCGGGUUAUGACCGCGUCCGAGGCGCGGAAAUUGGAAAUAAGGACUUCGAACUGGACGUCUUGGAGGAGGCUUACACGACUGAACACUGGCUCGUGCGUAUUUACAAAGUCAAAGAUUUGCCCAACAGGGGUGUAUAAGUAGUUUUUCAAUUUUUCAUUUAUUAAUAAAAAAUCACUGGUAA